AUGGAUAUUGUGACGCCUCAUAUCAGUUCGGUGCUAAGAACCUAUCAAGCCAGUGCACCGCGGAGCCUCCACGGCCCCGGCGUGGGGCGCGCAGGUCCGCCGUCGGCGCCGCCGCCACCGCUGCCUCGAGUAGCGCCGCCCAUUCUCCUUGCCGCCGAUCCAGUGCUAGGCGAACGCGGCGAGACUGCUCUCGAAGGAGAGCCGAUAUCUUGCUUCAGUGUCGGUGGCGAACGUCGACUCUGCCUCCCGCAGAUUCUGACCUCGGUUCUGACGGACUUUAGUUUGGAACAGAUCAAUCGCGUGUGUGAUGACUUACAAAUAUACUGUUCGCGGUGCACGCCAGAGCAAUUACACGAGUUGAAGUCGACCGGUGUGCUGCCCAGGACGGCUCCGUCUUGCGGUUUGAUAACUCAGACAGAUGCGGAGCGGCUUUGCGCGGCUCUAUUGCACGCCCCGGCGGCGGCAGCCAAAAAGUUGCCUGGAUUUCGGGUGUAUCAUGAGUGUUUCGGGGGUGCGCGAGGUGUUUGCGCGCCAGAACUAGGACUAGUGCAGUGUGUGGAAUGUCGCGGGAUCUAUGUUCCGCGUCGGUUCGUGUGCCAUACUCACACGACCGAGCAUCGCACGUGCCAUUGGGGAUUCGAUUCGGCGAGAUGGAGGCGGUUCCUUCUGGUGUCGGAUGAUGAACGGGACAAGGAGAAGUGUGAAGCUUUGUUGGACGAUAUAUCCACGAGGGAUCCGAGGGAAACGCACGCUGUACCAUCGCACCCUCUGGUGAAACAACUACCGAUCAAAAGAAAGCAGGUAAAACGACCUUGA